AGCAUGCAUAGUUCCAAGUUCCAACAAAAACAAGGUGAAAUAGGAUUGGGAAAGGGAAUACAAUUUUUAGCCUUUUUUGAAAAAAUAAAAAUAAAAAUAAAAAAAGGUUUUGGGAAGGGGAACAAAUUUUUUUUUUUUUUAAGUUUUUAACAUUUUUCUUCAGCUAUAACUAUUGUGGGGGUUAUGGCACCUAAAUCCGCUAUCAUCAAUCGACCCUCCUUCAUUUCUGGAUCCAUUUUUGGUGGAAUUUACAGUUUGAGAUUGCGGAGACCUGGCCUUGUUGGCGGUAGAGCUCAUCUGAGAUCGUUAAGUGAAGAAAACAAUGAUCUGGGUGGUGACCAAGGUGAGGUUUUAGGCCUGAAUUUGAAGUCUCUAAAGAUUUUGCUGAAGCAAGGAGUCUUUAUUUGGGCAAUGCUUUGUUGUCUUUUGGUUUUGGCGUGCAAGAGAGUGCUUGCGGUGGAGGGAGUGAUGAAUGCAGGCAGUAUUACUGUUGUCUUGUUUGGUUUGGAGGAUGAUGUUGGUUUCUUCUAUGUUCAUAUGGUUCAUAUUAACUUAUGGAAGAGCAAGACUGGUGUAAUUGGUGAUUUGAUGCUAAUUUGUGUCAGUGAACCUUAUGUUACUGAAGAUGAAUUAAAGCUGAUGCUACGUGGAGCAGAGUUGAGUGGAGAAAUAGAGGAGGAAGAGCAGGAUAUGAUUGAAAUUGUAUUAGAGAUAAAGGAUACUCGUGUUAGCGAGGUCAUGACACCCCUUGUUGAUGUGGUUGCAAUUGAUGCAAGUGCAACUCUUGUUGAGUUCACCAUCUAUUCAAUAUCAGUCUGGAAUCUUCUUAGAGAGCUCCAGAUCAAGAAGGUUCACUUGGCUAUUGUUCUUAAUAAAUAUGGUGGAACUAUUGGGCAGAUAGUAACCUUAGAAGAUGUGGUUGAGGAGAUUGUUGGAGAAAUCUUUGAUGAAAAUGAUUCAAAGGAGGAGAUCCAGAAGAAAAUUGGCUAUAUUGUAAUGAGAGCAGAGGGAGUAUAUGAUGUUGAUGCCAAUACAUCUAUUUAUUUACCAUCUGAGGACUUGAAAAUCAAAAUGCCAGAGGGACAUCAGUCUGAGACAGUAUCUGGUUUUUUAUGCCAAGGAUUUGGAUGCAUCCCUAGAGCUGGUGAGAGCAUCAAAGUUGUCCUCAAAAGGGAUAAUCAAGAUGAUGAUGAUGAUAAGCACGAUGAAGAUGGAUCCAAUCAUCAAGAUAUAAACAAUGGGGAAGCAAUGUCAGAGGCCAAAAGUGUAACUCAAUUGAUUCCCAAAAUCAUGAAGAGGAAAGGGAACGGUUAUAAAUUGGAUAACAUUACCUAUGCUGAGAAUGCAUUUCAAAAGAGACAAGGGAAUCGCCUUUCUGAUCGCUAUGUAGUUGCUGAAGAUACAUAAGACAAUGGAAAUGAGCUACAUUGCAUAUUCUGUUUUCUUUUUCUUUAGCUCCUUUUUUUUUCCUUUCCCAUAUUCUUACUGCACCAUGAAGAAGAAACGGAAGGAAACCACAGGAUUGUUAGAUAGACUAACAUUGUAAAACUUUUUCACAGAUGAAGUAUCAACAUCUGAAAUAUCAUCGUCCGCCAGUGUAGUCUUAUCCCGGCUUUCAUCGGAAUUACUUGCUACGCCCUCAGACCUUCAAUUCGUUAAGCUGGACAAAGCGCUUUCAGACGGGGACUGUACCGAUUAGAGAGUUGAUCGCCACAGACCGUCUUUCUGGCAACUGAUAGUAAGGAAUUUUCUUUUGAUAUUUUUAUUUAUGGGUUUUAUGUAUUGACAAUUGGGUGUUGUUUAAUUAUGUAUGGAAAAUGCAAUUACUUUGUUUGAAAAAAAAUUAUGGAGCCCUCUGUCCUCUGUUUCAAGUCUCAACCUUUGCGCUCUUUGCUACUACCCUUAGGUUCUUUGAUUUAUGUUUGUAGAGAUAAGGAUUUUGUCAAACUUGGUUAUUGGCUUUUGGAUUCUUGCUUUGCCUUCAAUUUUUUGGUGUUUAGGGAAUUGAUACUUUUUGGAAGAAAAUGGAUAUUUUCAA